ACGACGAACAACGGUCUGACACUGCUACCUUUGAAAUGGCGUUGAUGCAGUUAACUAUGCCGUUAUUUGUAGUUAUUGGACUCGUUUAGGUCGCUUUAGGUUUUAGUUUUCUGGCCCAGCGUGAACCUCUUGGUCUGGCCUCUAUAUUUGGGCAUUACAGAGUUUAUAAACAAAAAUGUGGUGAAGCAAAUUCUUAAUAAUUUACGUUGCAUAAUAAGGCCGCAGCUAACCCCGAGCUUGCGUAGGGAUUACAACGGCUUUUGAAUGCUUGGCCCUGCCGCAGCUAGAUUUCGGUAUCAUAAGGUGUUUCCUGGUAAAUCCUGGUGGAUGUGUAUCUACAGCAGGAAUCUGGAAGUGAAGUGACAGACUUACAGUUCAGUUCAGCAGCAGCAUUAUCCUUUCUACAUCAUUAAGUCUCUAGUUUGUUUAAUAGUCUGCACCUGUAGAAUUUUGAUAUCCUCACAUCACAACGGUUGAUACCUAGUUCACACACACAGUAUGGCAUCGGUGCCAGUGUACUGCUUGUGUCGUUUGCCGUAUGAUGUGACACGCUUCAUGAUCGAGUGUGACAUUUGUCAAGACUGGUUCCAUGGAAGCUGUGUUGGAGUAGAGGAGGACAAAGCAGCUGAGAUUGACCUGUAUCACUGUCCCAACUGUCAGGUCACCCAUGGGCCAUCUGUCAUGCGCAAACGCAGAGGAGGCAGUAAGCAGACAGAUAGUAGUACUGCAGGAGGAAGAGAUCCAAGUCGACCCGUUAAGACAGGGAGUCCGCAGUUUGUUAGGGAGCUACGGAGCCGCACCUUCCCAAAUGCUGAUGAAGUCUUGCUAAAGCCGUCUGGGGCCCAGCUGACAGUGGAGUUUCUUGAAGAGCACUCAUUCAGCGUUCCUGUCAUGGUCCUGAGGCGGGAUGGCCUAGGAAUGACCCUUCCUCCAUCAUCGUUCAGCGUCAGUGAUGUAGAGCACUACAUCGGUGCAGACAAAGAGAUUGAUGUGAUUGAUGUGUCUCGCCAAUGUGACCUGAAGAUGCGGUUGGGAGACUUUGUGGAGUACUACAACAGCCCCAACAGAGACAAAGUGCUCAAUGUCAUCAGCCUGGAGUUCUCUGAGACUAGGCUCUCAAACUUGGUGGAGACUCCAAAGAUUGUGAGGAAACUGUCAUGGGUAGAAAACCUCUGGCCCGAAGAGUCUGUGUUUGAACGCCCCAAUGUACAGAAGUACUGCCUAAUGGGAGUAAAGGAUAGCUACACAGACUUCCACAUCGACUUUGGAGGCACUUCAGUAUGGUACCAUGUCCUGAGGGGUGAGAAAAUCUUCUACCUGAUUUCCCCCACCCCAGCCAACCUGGCACUUUUUGAGCGGUGGAGUUCGUCAUCUAACCAGAACGAGAUGUUCUUUGGUGACCAGGUUGACAUGUGUUACAAGUGCUCUGUCAAACAAGGAAACACCUUGUUCAUACCAACUGGGUGGAUUCAUGCUGUCCUGACUCCGGUGGACUGCCUGGCCUUUGGAGGAAAUUUCUUGCAUAGUCUCAACAUAGACAUGCAGCUGCGAGCAUACGAAAUAGAGAAGAGAUUAAGCACAGCAGACUUGUUCAGAUUUCCCAACUUUGAGACUGUGUGCUGGUACGUUGGAAAGCAUCUUCUCGAUACCUUCAGAGGUUUGAGAGAAAAUCGCAGACACCCUGCCACUUAUCUGGUUCAUGGAGCUAAGGCCCUGAACAAUGCCUUCCGCAGCUGGACCCGUAAAGAGGCUUUAGCAGAGCAUGAAGUGGAGAUUCCAGAAACCAUCAAUACUCAGUCACUGGUGAAGGACCUGGCCAAGGAGAUUCGUCUGGUUGAGGACAUCUUCCAGCAAAACAUUGGUCGCACUGGACUGCAGUUUCCUGGUUCGCCACUCUCUAAAGCUCCCGUGACCACCUCUCAGAAUUCAGGACGCCCGCCUGGAAAAAAGAAAGGACCCAAGCCCAAAGAAGUGAUUGGGGGUCUUGGGCCCCCAGGAACCAAGAAGAAGAGUCAAAAGGGGCUGCUUAAGGCAGAAGCAGGAGAACUUGACCUCAUUGAGAUCCACACCAAACAUACCCUCAAGAAGUUUCAACCUGGCAAGUCCAAAAACAAGAACAAGUUGGAGUUGCCAUUAGAAGAGUUUGAAGGGAAGCUAAAUAAAAGCAAACUGAAACUUGUGCUGACCAACGGAAAAAUCCAAGGUAAGAAGGAUGGCAGCAGUAAUGGUGCAGGAAGUGCUGGAAAGUACAAACAUCUUGCCAUGGAGGGAUCCAGCCUGUCCGAUCUGGAGUCUGAGGAUGAGCUGCAGAUUGACGAGACCCCCCCUCCACGACGCAAACCUGCAGGACCAAGCAAGAAAAAGAAACUAAGCGGUCUUCCUAGAAAGUUACCCAGAGCCAAGCCCUGCUCUGACCCCAAUCGCAUCAGAGAGCCAGGAGAGGUAGACUUUGACAUUGAGGAGGACUACACCACAGAUGAAGAGGCUCUGGCUGCCCACGGAGUGAAGGGUGGCGCAGGGGGCAUUCUGGACUUACUAAAGGCCAGCAAGCAAGUGGCAGGGUUGGACUCUGCAACACUUAGUGAGGAAGCCCCAGCCUCUCCCAGUACUCGUGAUGCCAUUCAGGGUAUGCUCUCCAUGGCCAACCCUCCAUCCUCAUCCUCGUCUUCCUCCUCGUCAUCUCCUGUAUCUGUCUCUGGAGGUCUGACAGAGGGAUUAGGGGUGGUCAAGGAAAAGGGUGGCAGGGCUGUGUGGGUGACUGGAGGGGUCAAAAAGACAGGAAACCCAGAGAAGAAACCUGUUGUCCAGCGGCCGGGGAAACGGCCAAUUAAACGACCAGCCCGUCACUUCAGUGAUGAGGAGAGUCCAGAUGAGCAAGAGACUCUGGGAACCUGUUUUAAAGAUUCAGACUAUGUUUACCCGUCCUUGGAAUCUGACGAGGAGGACCAUGCUAACAAGGCUAAAAUGAAGCGCAAGAAAAACUGGGAUGACACACCUUGGAGCCCAAAAGCCAGGGUGAUGCCCACGCUCCCCAAACAGGAUCGACCAGCCAGGGAAGGGGCUCGAGUGGCAUCUGUAGAAACUGGUCUUGCAGCUGCUGCUGCUAAGCUGGCACAACAAGAGCAGCAGAAGCCUGCUAAAAGGAAGUACACCAAAAAGCAGCGUCCUCCUGCUCCUGUUGUCACUCCUCCCCCUGUUCAGACUGAGCCAGCCCCAUCCUCCCCACCACCUGCUCCAGAGUCGGCAGCAGACUUUAGCCCAGACAGGAGGAUGGAUUACUACUCUGCGAGUCUGUUGGACCAUGAAUACACAGCAGGACCAGGACCUUUUGGCCCUGGAGGCCCUAGAGGUAGCGGAGCCAUGGCCCCUGGUGUGUUCCUCACUUCACGCCGACCUUCCCUGUCUCCGCAGAACAGCAGCUCUCACUCUGGUACAUCCCCUGCAGGCUUAGCCAGCCAAGGCACAACAGGAGCUGGUCAAGGGAAACGUCCAAAGAAAGGACUUGCUACUGCAAAACAGAGACUUGGCAAAAUUCUGAAAAUUCACCGCAACGGUAAACUUCUCUUGUGAGAGAUGUCGAAAAUGUGGCUGAAGACUUAAAUGGGAAUGAAGAAAAAGGAUUUUGUGAAAGUAGGUCUGAAGGAAAUAGAGAUAGUUAUCUAUAUUUUGUACUCAAGAUACAUUUUUUUUUUGCUGUUUUCACCUGUUAUUGAACUUCACUAUAUCUUGUCCUACACCAAGUAUUCUGCCCAGAUAAUAAGCAACCGAUUUUGGCACUCCAUUUAUCAAUAUCUGCUGAAAGGUAUUUUCAGAGGCACAUUUGUGACUUUAAACAAAUCACUAUAAUGUCCCGGAUAAACACUCACUGUGGUAAAUAAGUGUUCACACAUUUGACGAUAGGAAAUUGUGGAAAGCGUUUCAAAAUGACAGGUGGACAGUGAUUUAACUAGCUAGACUAACUAGCGUUAUAAAUAAACAAAGCUGAAUUGUUUCUUUUGUUUAUAUCUUUCGCUAUUUUUAGUGGCUGUAUUUAUGCAAAGACAUUGUACUGUCCAUUGUAAUUUUUUUUAAAGGGAAAGAAAAACAACAUAUUUUCUAGUCAGGUAAAAUGUAAUGUCUGUAUAGCCCCCAAUCCAACAAAAACAAUGACACACACACACAUAGUCAUGCAGUUGUAAUAGCAUAUUUCGUUGUCUUUUUACCUCAUUUUUACCUCAUAAAAUUUUGUGUAUAAUUACAGCAUGCCAGGCUUUACACACAAUAAACAGUUUUGCAAAAAUCCAGUUUAUGCACAUGGUCAGCACCCAGUAUGCCACAUGUAUUAAUUUUACAAAUUUGUCACUGAUGUUCAUAUAACUCAUUUUCCUCCAUAUACUGUAGCUCUACACAUGAAAUAUAAAGCGCUAAACUGAUGCCAAGAGUAACAUAACAUUCUAUUUAUUCUGAUCAUAUUUAUUUAAUGAGGUAAUGUUUUGCCAUCUCUUAGCCUGUAUUAAUGUAUGUUUUUACCACCUCAUCUUCUUGGUCCCUACUUUGUUUUCAACCACUUAAUACUUGUACAAAAAUUUUAUCCAUGGCUUUGUUAGAAAUUUUUACAGUUUAAGUUGUCAUUGUAAAUAUUUGUAAUAUUUGUAAUUUAUAUAGCUACAUUGGAAAAGCAGAAAAAUAUUGAGUUGAAGAGACUAGUUUCAUGCAGGUUGCCAUAAUCCAUACCCCAAGUGCUGGCAGCAUUCUUGGUCCAGAUGUAGAGAUGUGCUUUCUUUCCACAGAAUGUACUAGUGAUAAAAUGUCGGCAGAAAUGUAGAUUUAACUGUGUGAAAACAUUGUGAAGGUGCAGGAUAUGAAUUCACAUGUAAAUAUAUGUUGUAAUUUAAGUUCUUUUAUAGUUCAAAAACUUUUGAGAUCUUUCUUAACAUAACUUGUACAUGAUACAUUGCUGUAUUUGGAAGAUAUCUGAAAUAGUUCUUUUUUUAUAUUUGUACGCAGUAAUUGUCAUGCUUAGUUUGUCAUGUUGUCUUGUUAGUAUAAUAUUGGAAGUGUGCUGGAAAAAAUGCCCUUGUUAAAUUUCAUAUUUAGUUUUAUAUUAAUUAUUGUUGAUAUCCACUCUUGUGUUGGUGUGUACUGUAUGUUUUAAACAUGAUGUGUUUAAAUACGACCUGGAAAAGAUAAAAUAUACCUUG